UUCAUCAAAGAAGAAGUAGUAGUAAACAGAAGUAAACAGUGACCAAUAACCAUUUCCACGUUAGCGGUUUUAUUGUUAUUUAGAAAUGUAUUAACACCAUGGAACUCAAAAUAUGACUAAUUUAACAGCACAGCAUUACAUACUUACAUCAGGUAGUUUUUAAAUCGCGUUGGAGACAGGACUUGGUUGAUAGAUGUUAUUUAACUAGCUAGGUAGCCGCUAACAAUAAUGGCUAACUGUAUGGUUUUUCACACUCAAAUAGCCUCCAUCAUGGAGGUGUUAGCGAAUGCAGCCGUGGCAGAGAUCUGUAAACUCGUAGACGACGACUAUGCAGUGUUCCGUUUGGAAAUGUCUCAAAGCCAGAAAGAAAACAGGGGAUUGCGGAGGAAACUACAGCUAUUGGAACUAAAGGUGGCACGGGAGCGCGUCCUCGCCAGUCGUCCCAGUAGUGUCAAGAUCCUCGACCGAUACAGAGGAAUGGCAAGAGGUGAAGCACAUCUCACUGGAGGCCAUAGGAGCUUUGUGAAGCCAGCAGAACACAACACAUGGAGAGAUGACCAACCAAUCACUGUUGAUGAGGGGAGUGGAACCUCAACCCAGCACGUUAUUGUGAUAGAGUCUGCAGAGGCUGCAGGUCCUGGAGUCAAGCAAGAGAGAUCUGAAGGAGAGAAGGACCCACGGCACAGCAGAGACAUCCAGACUGAAACAGUGGCUGUAGCCCCGGAGGACCUUCCCGCCGCGCCCCAGGCCAGGACCAGACACAGCAUCUUGGAGGAGGAGGGUCCAGAGGUGCUGCUGGUGAAGGAGGAUGGUUGUGAGGAGGGUCUGGGGAACACUGAGGGGAACAUGGUCAUGGAGGACAACCAGACUACACCUCCUCCUGAACCCACAGAGGAACCAGCUGAGCUGCACAGGACCACACACAGUCUCACUGAGUCAGUAGACAUGGAGGAUGGGAAGCCUGAUCUGCUGCUGGUCAAAGAGGAGACAAUAGAAGACGAACCAGAGAGCAUUGACCUGAGUGGCCUAAAGAUGGGGGAGCAAGGUGGUUGGCUGGAGGCUAACAGAGGAGACUGGGCGGCCGUCUUAGAUUUCCAGAUCCAGACGGGUGCAGGCAAGGGCCCAGGGGACAACAUUACAGAGCAGCCCAGGACCAGAGGUGACAUAGUGGAGUCUGCAGUCCAUGAGGACCAGCUGAUGUCUGAUGUUGCUGACGGAAGAGACUGGACAUCUGAGGUGGGUGGUCACAAACCCUGGCCCCGGAUCAAAACCCUGGAUCUGGAGCCAUCACUCUUCCUUCCUGAGUCAGAACUAGGACCCAACCGUGAGGGACAGGGACUCCACCACAACCACUACACAGAACACAACCAGUGGACAGGUGGACUGAACCACCUCAGUCCUGUUGGUCAUCAGAGAAACAGAGGCUCCAGUCAGGGAUCCAGUCUUCAGUCUGGGGCUGAUAGAGAUCAACCCUCCUGUUCCUAUGAUACAAACACCACAGUAUCCAUGAUGAACAGAGCAGGUCACCCUGGGCUUCAGCCUUCACAGAGAGUGAUGGGAGCCCCCCCUGGUGGUAGUCUAUCAGCAAGUCUGUCUUCUCCUUCAGGGCCUCGUCCAAUGCCUGGUGACUUGGUUCAUAGAAGGCCUGGGCCUGGGUCUAGUCUUCCUCACUUACCUCAGGUUUACCCCACCAAUACAGACAGGGUCAGGAUGAGCGUUCACCAUAAGAGGUACCUAGCCUAUAACACAGCACACAAUUCCAACAACACCCAAACAAUGGCUCGAGGUCAAGGAGGGAGCUCAAAAACUCUUGCUUCUACCUCCUCUGGUGUCAUUGGGUCACAAUGUGGGAGGCCGAGCAUUAGGUCGGACGCCGACAAGCCGUAUGCCUGCCCCACAUGUGGGAAGCACUUUGCUGAGGCAAGGUAUGUGAAGCAGCACCAGACUGUUCACACCAAGGACAGCUUCAAUUGCAAAUUAUGUCACAAGAGCUUCUCCUUCCUGAGUAGCCUUAUCAGACAUAGGAGUGUCCACAAUGGGAAGAAAUCGUAGCAGUGUGUCUUGAGAUGUACAUUAGGUGAUAUCUGGGAAUCAUUCUUUAUCUGACAUAUUAUAGUUAUAAUGUUUUUAGUGUCUUGGGAUAAGAGGGUAAUUAACCACACCCCUUUAACUUUGAAUUAUUUAACAGGCUUGUGUUAAUAAAUGUUUUUUAGAGAGAUAGUAAACCUAUGCUAGAACAAGUAUAGUUCAAUAUUCUCUGGUCUGAUGAAACCAGGAUUGAACUGUUUGGCCUGAAUGCCAAGCGGCGCGUCUGGAGGAAACCUGGCACCAUCCCUACGGUGAAGCAUGGUGCUGGCAGAAUCAUGCUGUGGGGAUGUUUUUCAGUGGCAGAGACUGUGAGACUAGUGAGGAUCGAGGCAAAGUUGAACGGAGCAAAGUACAGAGAUCCUUGAUGAAAACCUGCUCCAGAGUGCUCAGGACCUCAGACUGGGGCGAAAAUUCACUUUCCAACAGGACAAUGACCCUAAGCACACAGCCAAGACAAUGCAGGAGUGGCUUCAGGACAAGUCUCUGAAUGUCCUUGAGUGGCCCGGCCAGACCCCGGACUUGAACCCGAUCGACCAUUUCUGGAGAGACCUGAAAAUAGCUGUGCAGCUACGCUCCCCAUCCAACCUGAUAGAGCUUGAGAAGAUCUGCAGAGAGGAAUGGGAGAAACUCUCCAAAUACAAGUGUGCCAAGCUUGUGGCAUUAUACCCAAGAAGACUCAAGGCUGAAAUCGCUGCCAAAGGUGCUUUAACAAAGUACUGAGUAAAGGGUCUGAAAACUUGUGUAAAUGUGAUAUUUCAGUUUGAUAUUUUUAAUAAACUAGCAAUAAUUUUUAAAAAAAA